UCAUCGUGGAUAUAAACCCCAGGACCACCCGAGUCGUGACAGCUUACACCCACAGCUACCGUGACAUCACCACCAGCUAUACCUAACAUUCUACUCUACCUUCGCUGGAGACAGAAGCACCUUGACCAGCCUGCUGAGUGAUGGUUGUAACAGUGUGGUUGGCAGCCUUGACGGUGUUGAUCCAGGGGUGUGCAGCCCAGAAUACCAAGAUCAUCAUCAAAGAUCCUCAUGCUGCCUCCGAUACACGGUCCUCCCUCGGGGCUCUCCAGGCCAUCUUCAGCUCUCUCGCAGGAAAUGUACAAGUGUCAGUAUCUACCCAAACAGUAGGUCGUCCUAACCACGGCUUGCGACCUAACAAAUAUACAUCAUCGAGCUGUAUUUACUGGUGCAGGACCCCGGAGAACUCCUUCUACUGCUGCGGUCAGCCCACCACGCACAGGCCCGAUAAACCCGGGUGUUGCCCCAAAGUCCGCCCAAACUGCCCCAGACUCGGGCCACCGGUGCCUUGUACUCACGACUUCGACUGCGCUAACGCAGCGGACAAAUGCUGUUUCGACAGGUGCCUCGAACAACACGUGUGUAAGCCAGCCAGGCCUUGUUUUGGGUAACGACAGCUGCAGACAUCAACAAAGGUGUGCUUUCUCCUGUCUGUCGCACAUUCUACUAGACUGACCCAUAAGUGAGUCAGGUGUAAAUUUUUCAUGUUAACUUCAUAAGUUACACGAGUAAAAACUGUAUUUGUAUAUUACUAUACUGGUAUUAGAGAUGGCCAUUCAUAUUCCAGCUGGCUGAUGAGGACCUGUCUCACAUAUGCCAGAUAUGUGCGCAGGUCAGAGAUGUUUGUUGUGGUGAGAGUAUUGGGUGUAAUAGAGAAUCAUAUGAAAGAUCACACACAGGAAGUAUCAAGCCAACGCUGCAGUGUCUCUAUAGUUCCGUAUUAUCAACAAGAACGUUCGUUUACACUGCACAUUUGAGAGCAUCAGGAGUGUUGUACUGCUUGCAUUUUUUUGCCUCGUUUCUCAACCACAUUGUGCAAAAAAUAAUUAACUACAUUAAAGUGAGGAUCGUAACCACAAGAAAAGUUGUUUCCUUUUAAUAUAAAACAUGUAUUGCCUUCCGUUAUGAUAGCGAACAACUCAGCCAGUGAACAUGUCCAGUACACACACUACAAGGUAUUAUGCAGUUCACUUCCAAUCACAAAGUUAUAUUAUUGAAUUUGUUAUUAUUUGGCGAUAAAGUUGAAUAAGUUUCAGUCGACUGUAAAAGUUAUCUUAAUUUAUACAUUUAUUGUUAUUUUAGCUGUGCUGCCUUAAUAAACUAUAAUAAUUAAUGUUAACAGUGCGGUAUUGUCCUCCGUGAUGUAGCCUGCUUUAUUAUGGUGCAGUGAGGAUUUGUGUUUCUCGAAAGAAAGAUAAAAAUACGCCUAGUCAACACAAGAACAACGAGUGGCCGUGUUUAUCUCCAGAACACUUAAACUGCCCCACACCCCACCAGGAGGACUCAAGACCAAGGAUGCUAUAGCCAAUGUGACUCAGGUGUUGACGGCCAGGAAGUCCAACACAAUAGUAUUUACUGUAAAUUAAAAAUCAUAUAAUGUGUACUUAGUUUGUUGUUACCGUUAAUAUAAAUUUUUUGUCUACAGGAACCUGGUGAAUCAGAAUUAUCUGAUAUGUUGAGUACAGUAUUGGCACUUUAA